CGGCGGGGGGCCCGAGGGAGCACACGCUGCUCAGCCGCGCCGCAGACCGCUCUGACCCCGGCCAUUCCCCAGCGGGCCCGCCCGGCCGCGACCAGGGGGAGCUCCGGGACGUCCCGAAACGACGCGUCCCGCCGAGCGCGCGGAGCGGGAACCCACGCCGCGAGGGGCCCCGGGGAGCGAUGCCUGCCUCCGAGCCCGUCCUGCAGCCAUCCCCCAGCAAGAGGCAGAAGGGCUCGGUGCCUGGGGAGCCCGCCGCACUGCUCCGCUUCACUAAGCUGUCCGAGAACGCCUAUGCCCCGUCCAAGGGCUCUGCUCGGGCUGCGGGCUACGAUCUCUACAGUGCCUAUGACUGUGUGAUACCACCCAUGGAAAAGGCUGUAGUGAAAACAGACAUUCAAAUUGCACUUCCUUCUGGGUGCUAUGGCCGAGUAGCACCGCGUUCUGGUUUAGCUGCGAAGCACUUCAUAGAUGUUGGUGCUGGUGUUAUUGAUGAGGAUUACAGGGGAAAUGUUGGUGUGGUACUCUUCAACUUUGGCAAGGAGACCUUUGAAGUUAAAAAAGGGGAUAGGAUUGCCCAGCUCAUUUGUGAACGCAUUUGCUAUCCUGAGCUAGAAGAAGUUCAAACUCUAGAUGAAACAGAACGUGGUGAAGAUGGCUUUGGUUCUACUGGAAAGAACUGAAAAGGAUUUGAAUACGCUUUCUAUUUUGUUAUGCUGGUUUUGGGUUUGAAUUAUAAGUGUCAUUUUGGAGUAUAUAAAAAACGUUUUCAAGUUUUAUUCAGACUUCUGUGUAUGUGUCCUGCUGUCUGUUUUUAUAGGCCCUGAAUUCAUUAUGGGGAAAAGUGCAUGACUGACCUUUUUUGUUAGUUCAUGGGUAUUUUUUCUAUUUAGAUGUUUGGUCCUCAGUAAUAAGAACACCUUGUAUGCUGAUUAUACUCUAAUAAAUUAAAAUAUAACUUAA